AACCUUAAAAUUUUGUGAUUUUAGAAGUAUUUAUUCUAUAAUCUAGAAAAAUGUUUAAAAAAUUUGAUGAGAAAGAAAGUAUAUCAGGUGUUUUGCAACUCAAGUCUUCUGUCCAAAAGGCUAUCAGAACCAAACUCGUGGAAUCCUAUCCGCACCUAGAAAACUAUAUUGAUAGUAUAUUACCGAAAAAAGAUACUCUCCGUAUAAUAAAAUGUCAUGAUCAUAUUGAAAUUGUAGUGAAUUCAGCAGGAGAAUUAUUAUUCUUCCGCCACAGGGAGGGUCAGUGGAUGCCAACGCUCAAAUUACUUCACAGAUAUCCAUUCUUUUUGCCCAUGCAACAGGUAGAUAAGGGUGCCAUUAGGUUUGUACUCAGUGGCGCAAAUAUUAUGUGUCCAGGAUUGACAUCACCUGGUGCCAAAAUGACUGAAGUUCCCAAGGAUACUAUAGUGGCUAUUAUGGCAGAAGGAAAAGACCAUGCUUUAGCAAUUGGAAAAACCACAUUAUCAACUGAAGACAUAGCCAAAAUAAAUAAGGGCAUAGGAGUAGAAAACUGUCAUUAUCUUAAUGAUGGACUUUGGCAAAUGAAACCUGUCAAAUAAAAUUAGGAUUUAAUAAAUACGAUUCGUUGUGAAUGAUUUUUUUUUAAAUAAACAAUCAACGACCCAGAUAAUUUAA